CGACCAACCAAUCAACAAACAACAGAGUCGACCUGUACCUCCUCCUUCAAGAAAUGCCAAACUUCGACCGAAUAAAACCAUCUCUUCCCUCACUCCUGUACCUCCUCAAUCUCCUGAGUCGACCUUGAAGCCACGGUCGAGAGUCGAUCCCUAAGCAGUACAUCGACCUUGGCCUCGAUGUUGUGAACUGAAAAAGACAGGCCUUGGAACUCCCGGUGCAUGCGAUCAAUAUCGCUAGCCAUCGACAUCCUCAACUGCUGGAUCUCCCCAAGCAGCCUCGUCGAAGUCACUACCUCUGCUGUCGUGUCGGCGACAGUUGCAGCUGGUGCAGCCUGGCUCGGCACCUCAGAGUCCUGCUCAUCUGUGCGGGGCUCCUGUGGUCUCGGUGGUGGAAGGACGACUGCUGGAGUGUCGACAGAAGGGCGAGGACCAGCAGUCGCCGGCUCAUUUGGGCCCGAUGUAGUCACGUCGAGAGGUGCAGGCGGGGAAUUGUUUGGUGGCUGUGGCACAGAGGUCUCGGCCACAUCUGGAAUCGACGAACUCACCACAGCAGGAGCUGGUGGUGAAUCACACACAAUCGUCUCGAGCUCCACUGCAGUGAGUGAGCUUCCUACCACAGAAGCUGUAAAUCAUGCAGAAAAUAGUUAAUUACUUGAUAUGCGAUCAAUCUCAGAAUUAGGGGUAUCACAUUAUCAACAAAAUAAUCAAAUGAGAAGAUUGUUGGAGUCAAAACUCACGUGGCCAAGCAUGUGAGGUUUAAGAGUUAACAUUGUUAGUGCAGAUUAGUCAAGUAAGUUAGAGUUAGUUGUUAGGUGGCUGUUAGUGGUUACUGGAAAUCAGGAACAAAGGUAGAGGGUCAGUUAGUGGAGCCGAUUUUAGAGGCUGCCCAGAAAAACUCAGUUUGUAUUUAAAGCUCCAUUUUACGUUAAUGAGAUUUUUGUCAGUUUGCCCAUUUUUGAGCCUUCAUUGUGGUAUCAGAGCUCAUUGCAAACUGUAACCAAAUUAUUGAGUGAAAACUGCAAGUUUGUUUGCAAGUGGGAAUUUGGGAACACUAGAAUUGUAUUGUGAGGAAUACACACAGGGAAGAGGUGAGUGAAACUUUAGGUUAUUGAGAGUUAAGUGAGUGAGAAGAGUGUUAUCCGGGUUGGGGAACAAGAGAGUUACAGGCAAGGCAGCGUCAGAGUUGGGUAAGAGACGCAGAGUUGCUGUGUUAGAAAAGCAAUUAUGAGUGUGAUGGUGAUUUUGUUCAGGUCUAUAUCCCUAGAUUUGAUGGGGAUUAUGACCAUUGGAGCAUGGUGAUGGAAAACUUUCUAAGAUCUAAAGAGUACUGGCAGGUUGUACUUGAUGGGUUUGAGGAGCCUGCAGAGGGAGUGGAGCUGUCUGCAGCUCAGGGGAAAGUCUUAGAGGUGAAUCGGUUGAAGGAUCUGAAAGUGAAGAACUAAUUGUUUUGUUCUAUUGACAAAAGCAUCUUAAAAACCAUCACUCACAAGGCAACAGCAAAGGAAUUGUGGGUUUCAAUGAAAAUCAAGUUUCAGGGAAGUGCUAGGGUGCAGAAAUCUCGGUUGCAAGCACUCAGAAGAAAUUUUGAAGUUCUCGAGAUGAAGGAAGGUGAAACUGCGAAUGACUACUUUGGUCGAGUCAUGGUCGUGGCAAAUGCAAUUAGAAAUUGUGGAGAGUCAAUGUCAGAUUCAAAGAUUGUUGAGAAGGUGUUAAGAACUUCAACAGAAAGGUUGAACUACAUAGUAUGUUCUAUUGAAGAGUCUAAAGAUAUAGAGGAGCUGACUGUUGAUGCGUUACAAAGCUCUCUACUUGUCCAUGAGCAAAAGUUUUCAAGGCACACAACAGAAGAAGAUCAAGUACUAAAAGUAACUCGUGAUUUUAGAGGAAGAGGUGGAGGUGGUGCUCAAAGACGAGGAAUGGGUAACGAAGGUAGAUGGAAUAGGAAGCCUGUGAAGUGCUACAAUUGCCAUAGAUUGGGACACAUCAGCUAUGAAUGCCCAGAAUGGAAUCGUCAAGCUCACUAUUCAACUACUGCUCAUGUUGAUAUGGAAGAAAAUUUAAUGCUAAUGGCUUCUGCAGAACUAGUGGAAGAGGAGGUGCAUACUGGUCUAGUGACAUCUCAUGAUAUAAAUUUGUGGUUUCUAGACACAAAUUGCGACAAUCACAUGACUGGUAACAAGAAUUGGUUUACUAGUAUGAUUUAUCAUUUUCAUGUACUGUGAAAUUAGAAAAUGGAAACAGAUUGCAGGCAGUUGGCAAGGGAAUCAUUCGACUAAAACUAGAACAAAAAUCUGUGGUUAUUCAUGAAGCAUUAUAUGUAUCGGGUUUAAGAACCAAUCUGUUGAGCAUUAGAAAAAUGCAAGAGAAGGGACUAGCUUUUCGUUUAGACAGGGAGCUUGCAAGAUCUUUCAUGAUACAAAGGGUUUCUUGUUUGAGACUCACAUGAAGACAAACAAAAUGUUUGCUCUACAUGCUGAGUCUAUUGAGAAGUCAAAUUCGGAUUAUCUAUGUUUGCAAGUGAGUGAAGCUGUUGGAAGAUAUGAUGAAGAGAUCUCAGUUGCUGAGUCUGACAGAGAUAUGCCAGUUGCUGCAAAAAAGGUGACAGUAGGGACUGGUGGAAUGCAAUCUACCACAGUAGCUGCAACUCAUGUAACUCCAUUUGGCACAAUGCAGUCUCAAGAGAAAGAGAAGGUGCUGGUGGAGACUGAUGUGCUAAAGGUUCCCUCUCCUACUUCACUAGAAUUUAAAAUCAAGAGACUACCAAAGCAUCUAGAUAUCUAUGAAGUAGAACGUGGUAAGUCAGAUUCUUAUACAACAAUGGUUAAGGGAAAAGAUCCAUUGUAUUCUUGGGAAGUAACAAAGGAAGCAGAAUGGAAGCAAGCUGUCAAGAGUGAGUUGCAGUUAGUUGAGAGCAAUAUUACAUGGCAGCUCAUUCACUCUCCUCCUGGAGCUAGAGAGAUAGGGGUUAAGGAAAUGGCUGAUAAUGUGAAACUACCACUGGGAUUUGUGGUUGUAGGGGAGGAAGAGAAGGCUGAGUUCGAGGAGGCUAAUCUAGGAUGGAUGAGAUCCUUCAAGGGCAUUAAGGGUUACAAAGAUGUAAUAUAUAACUCCUAUGAAAAAGAUGAAGCAGCUGGUGGGGUUGCAGAGAAUCCAGCAACUACCACGUCACUUGAACAAACUUCAUCAGUAUCUCUGGCUUCUUCUGCUAGUCUUGAAGAAUGGAAUUGGUGUGUUUUGCAUACCUCCAGCAUUGUGGAUGAACAAGAAGAAAAAUCUAGUUGUUCUGGGGAAGCAUGAUAUGAAGAAAUUAGGAAGCAAGAGCAAGCUAUGAAACUUGAGUUGCAGCCCUUUGAUGCUAAUUUUACAUUGCAGCACACCAAUCAAACUAAGGAGAUGGGAGAUAAGUGGAUAUUUAAAGCAAAACUCAUUACAAAUGUUUUUUUUGUGUUUUGGCUUUUUGUGCUUAAUGUAUUUCUUCACGAGGGUCUGACUAGAGAUGUACUUGUGGGGCAAUCACAAAACCUUGUGAUUGCAGGGGAGGAAGAGAAGUUACAGAAGCUUAAUAAAGUUUUGUAUGCUGUAAUUCAAGGUGUUAUGCAGGGUGUGUUUGAGAAAUCAGAUUUGAGUAGGAUGAGAUACAACCUAGGAGUGGAAGUCAUACAGAAUGAAGAGGGAGUUACUGGAAAGGAUCCAAAGAGAAUUUACUGGAAAAAAUUUAGCAGGGAUAUAAGGAAGGCUAUGGAUUCUAAUGGGUACACUUUCUGCUCAGUUGGAGGAGCAGUGUUGAGGGCAUCAAGAAACCAGUCAGUGUUGACACUAAACAGAACGGGGAUGAAAUCGAAGGCUAGUAUAAGGGGAGGUAUAGGAAUUCAUAAUCACAUUUUAUAUGAUGGAAGCAACCAAGUUAAUGGCAUCUUUCACCUUCUGAUGAAGCUGACUAAGGAAAGGGGGUUUUCUAGUGAUGCUGCAGCAAAUAUUGUGAAGCAAGAGUUUACAACAGCAGCUUAUGGUAUUAAAAAUGUCUGGUUGAGAAGGUUUCAAGAGCUAAUGGGAUUGAAAGGAAGUGUGGUUGGAGGCACCAAAACACAUGGGGAUAGUGAAAACAUUGAUUUCAGUUUUUUGUUCUUGAGAAAUCUGACUUGUAUUAGGAGUUGUGGAGCGCAAAAUAAGCAUCAUAUUAAAAGCAAUGGAGCUGGCUGGCUGGUUGAAAGGAUACCUGGUUGUUCUUGCCCUUGAGUCUCUUCUGACAUCUUGGGAACAACGGCAUCGGCGGCAAAAGCCACCACGGAAGACAAGAUUUUCCUUGCUGCCGUUUACAGUACCAAGGAUGCUUCUAGGUAAGUAACUUGACAUUGGUGCUUCUUCAAAAACAGUGGCACGACGAGGACACCGAAAGUGGUCCUCGACAAUUCCAGAGAAGGAAUCAAUCAUUUUAGGUGAGUUUCUCAAUUAUCGAUCUCUUAGCUCUAUUCCUUCCAUUACUGCUUGCUGAAAGUCGCUGAGUCCCAAGUGUAAAUCAUGAAAUUGGUGGUACAUUUAUAUACAAACACAACUCAAGUACCUAAUUCUCUUCUACCAAAAUCAUUGGCAUGUUGGUACCCGUAUAUAAUGAUCUAAAUUGAUCUAGCAUCUCAAGAAGUAUAAAAUGAACUAAAUUGAUCACUCUUAUUAAUGAAUCUUAAGCUAGCAGUAUCCCC